AUGACGGCAUUAGGUUUAAUUCUAACCCUAAUGGUGGGACUCUGUGAAGCCAACAUCUGGGAAAUCCCUUUACCCGAUCACACCAAAGAAUGUUACAAAAAAGUGCAGUCUGCGGACAUUCAGACGUAUGUAGGCAGUACACUCAGCUGGCUGUGUGAAAACAGCAUCGGAAAUGGUCAGCAGGACAAUCCUGGGCAGCUGGAUGCCCAGAAGAUCAGCUAUUACAAGCAUCUACUGGAAAGCUCCGCCCAAUACCUCCCCAACAACACUCAAGGAACACCUGUUUCCAGACGCAGACGACAGGCCACUCGUCAACGGUGUGUGCGGAAAGAGUACAGGGUGUUAACUGACGAGGAGAGGACGCGCUUCCAUGACGCCAUCAACACCCUUAAAAGAGACACAACAGUAGAACCCAAUAAAUACGAUGCCAUAGCUCUCUUACAUGUGUCGGCAGUCAAUUCCGCUCACGCUGGAGCCGGAUUCAUGGGGUGGCACAGGAUCUACCUCCUGAUGUUUGAAUCCGCAUUACAGGAAGUUGACCAAUCAGUCUGCCUUCCAUACUGGGACAGUACCCUUGACAACGAGUUACAAGACCCAGCGAUGUCAUCUGUCUGGACCCCUGCCUUUUUUGGUACACCCAACGGACCAGUAAUUCAUGGGCCUUUCGCUAACUGGACCACGCCUCAAGGUGUGCAGCUGAUAAGAAACGUUGGCUCUGACGGAGAGCUGUUUACCUCCACUGCCAUUGAGGCUGUUCUGUCAAGGAAAAGGCACGAGGACAUUAUUUCAUCGCCACAAGUGGAACCACGAUACGACCUGGAGUUUUACCAUGGAGGUGUUCACAUGUUCUGUGGGGGAACCAUGAGUCAGUUGGACACCGCAGCCUUUGAUCCCAUCUUCUUCUUGGUUCAUGCUUUUGUCGACUACAUCUGGGAGCUUUUCAGAACCAGCCUCAGGAACAACGGCGUCGAUCCACAGCGGUUUCCAGAUAUGGUGGCACCCGAAUCCCUCCACCACAGUUCAGCACCCACUGGCUUUGGUAACCUGCUUCAAUCAGACGGGUAUCGCGAUGCUGUUACACAAACAUUCGAGUAUCUUCCACCUCCUGUGUGUUCUUCCACGUCACCACAGUGUGGUUCAAGGUACCUUAGCUGCCUCGAGAGGAUCGGACGCUGUGUGCCCAUAAACGCAGCCAUGGCAGUGUCACCUCUACCAGAUCCAACAACAACAACUACAACCCCAGUGCCAGAGAUCCCAGUCAGCAAGCUCCCUGUGGGCAGCGACACCAGUUGUCUGCGACAAGAGAAGAUCUACGGCCAGCCUAUUCAGAACGAUUUUUGCUGCGACAAAACCUGUGACACAAAUGAGUGGGUGACGAUUCCGGUGAAAGUUAUCAGCGUCAGGCCGCCCAAGUUCAACAAGUACCGAAGUUAUCCAGUACAUAAUGGUCGAGUGGACAGCCAUUAUGACAUAUACUCACCACGGGCCUACGAGCACACAAACAGACUGAUUGUCCAGCGCCGGAGUAACCCUAAAACAUACAAACGCUGCAAGGGAGACGACAGUGUUGGCCAGGUGUUGCUGUCUUCUCGGGGAAUAAACUACCAUGGCUUCUACAAAGAAGCGGCUAUUGUUGACCAACGAUUGGCUGUCUCUAUGUCCAUGGGGUUUGUGUCUGUGAAGAAACCGACAGGAGAUGGUGUCAGUAAAGCCCUGAUCCGUGCUCAUGACUCCUGUGGACGUGUUUGCCAUGCUGCAUGUAAGGACCCACUCACCAACCAGUACAAGGAGUGUAAGGGCGCCAUUGCGGUUAGCUCGGCCCUACCUCUCAUGUAUGGAACAACUUAUGACGAAGCCGUUAUGAGCGUGUUCGACUACGAAUCAAACAAUGCCCUUCCCCAAUUCAAAACUAGUAGUUUCUUCCUGACAUUUUACUGCGACUACCUCGGCAACUUUCCCUACACGGAUUACAACCAGAGUGUUUCGCCUCAGCCGCAGGUGGCCACAGAACCUCCCGCUUUUGUUGUCCCGCCUACAAGUUCUGAAUGUUUUGUAACAACACGAUGUACCCUGGACAUCCCAUGCGCCAGCACAGAACGCCAGUGCCAUUUACACAACGAGAAGCAUGCAUGCCGUGGAUACUGCCAGGCUUACGGUGUCUGCAUAUAUGGUCGUUUCUUUAUGAAGACUUGCCCAGAAGGACAUUCGUUUGACAAUGUCCUUAAAAUAUGUGUGCCCGGGAGCUGCCAGAACAGCCAAGGUCAUACAAAUUCCGUCCCCGCCACUGGUGAAAACACAAAUGUUGCAGCCAGCAGUACAAGUCAAAUUCCCAAUAACACAGGCGUACAAACUGGCACAUCAUACCGCUCAGGGCUCCUCUCUAAUGUUCUGAAAAAUUUAGUUGGCUAA